UCGGUUUGAUUCAUCACAUUUUGGGUGUGUGUGAACGGUUUUAGUUUGUUUAUUGUGAACGUAAUCACAAUGGCCAAAAAUACGUCCAGCUCUGCGUUCCGAAAGAUCGAUGUCGACCAGUACAACGAGGACAACUUUAAAGAGGAUGACGCGGACCAGGCCUCCAGUGGAAUGAUUGUGCCGGAUGAGGCGGAAAUUAAUUCGCUACUGAAUCAGGGUCGCAAUAUCGAUGCACUCAAAACCGUCCUUCAGAAUGCACCGCUAAUGUGCAAAAACCAGCAAGUAAAAGAUAAUGCACUCAGCCUCACGUUGCGCGUUCUACUGUCGAUCAAAUCGUCCCAAAUCGAUGCGGCCAUCGAAUCGCUCGACGAUCCGGAAUUGUGCGACGUGCUGAUGAAGUACAUCUAUCGCGGGUUCGAAAUUCCCUCGGAAGGUUCGAGUGGUCAUCUGCUUACCUGGCACGAGAAGGUGUUCGCCAAGGGAGGCGUAGGCAGUAUCGUGCGGGUGCUUUCGGACAGUGCCCGUGCCUAAAGUUGUUA